AUGGGAAGGAUAGAGUUUGAAUCCCAUUUCAGCCAUCCACACCCGUUGACUCUCAUCUCUCAUGCCGACGGCGGCGCCACCAAUCCAUCUUGCUGUUCAGGGUGCAAGCUGAAGCCCUCCGGCAUGAUCUACUCCUGCACAAUCUGCUCUUUCUUCCUCCACCAAAAAUGCUUCCAAAUGCCCUACGCCAUCACUCAUCCUUUCCACAAGGACCACCCUCUCACACUCCUCGCUGAAUCGGCCUACGCCGGCGGAGAGUUCAGCUGCGACGCCUGCGCCCAGCGCGGCUCCGGCUUCUCCUACCACUGCAAGCCCUGCGGCCUCGACCUGCACAUACUCUGCGCCGCCGCGCCCUUGUCUCUGGCGACGCCGCGCCACGCCCACAAGCUCGGGCUCGCGUUCGCGGCUCCUUACGAUACCAAGAGUUUCAUGUGCGACGUCUGCCGCUUCCAUGGCGGGGAUCACUGGCUCUACAGGUGCAUCGCGUGUGGAUUUGAUGCGCAUUUGAAAUGCGCCACCGGAGCUGCUCCUGUGCCGCCUCACCCUCACGGUGGUGCAGCUUUGGGUGUUCCUGCGGGCAGCGUGGCUAUCGGGGUGAAUGAGCAGAUCAUGCAGAUGAUUCAGAUGAAUAAUGCGUUGGCUCAGGCGGGCCGAGGUGGUGGUGAAAGGCAGUUGCAACAGAUGAUGCAGUUGAUGUCUGCGUUCAAUCGCAGUGGCCUUGCUAAUGGAGGAGGAGGAGGAGGACUGGAAUCUUUGCUUGGUGGCGGAGGAGGGCUGGAAACUUUGCUUGGUGGCGGAGGACUGGAAUCUUUACUUGGUGGUGGCGGUGGCCUAGACUUUAUUGGAGGCCUUUUCUGA